GUGUGGUGUUUGCACAUUCAGAACUAACCUGAUCCAGUAUUGCUGUCAGCUGUUCUAGCUUUAACUUUGCUUCUUGGCAGUUUUGCCGCCCCAACUACAACUUUAAAUCACUCAUUCUCAAGGAAUUAAACAAGAGGAAACUGGCUUUGUUAUUGUUAUCUACGUCAAAAGAAAUCACAUACAAAGUAUCUCCAAGGAGAUAACUAAUUUUGCAAAAAUACUUAAAUGUAGAAAACCAAAACUUAAAAGAUUUUUGCAUGCUAUUAUUAAAAGAUUCAUGCUAUAUUAUAACAUACAUCCAAAUAGGUAUCCAUAUUUGUUUUUAUGAGCUAUCAGAACAAGGAAAUCAUACAUGCUGUAUAUGGAAGGACACAAAAGAAAAAAUAAAUCCAUGCUUUCAAAAGUAUGCAAUAAACCUGUUGAACAAUUAUUAGGUAACAAUAUACUUAAACCUAAUCUCAAAAUAAUUUCAAAUGAAAUUAGAAAUAACCAUUUAAACAACAAAAUAAUUGAAGACCAUACAGAUUUUCAUGAUGAUUUUGUGCUAUCACAAGACAUAUCUGAAAGUGGUGUUUCAUCAUCACAAAAAUUAAAAUCAACCAAAUUGCAGUCUAUUCAUUUGAACAAUAGUGAACAUAAACCACCAAAAACAGAAACACCACAAAAAAUCAUAGAGGAAGAGGAAAAUGGUGCUUUGACAGAGCAAGGAACAUCCCCAGUUUUAGGUUCAACUUUCUCAAAAUAUGAAAAUUGUAAGGGUUUUCUUGCUUCAACACCAGCCAAUCUUAACAGUGUAUCAAAUCCUGAAAAUAGAAAAAGUGACUUUGUACUAAAUAUUCUGGAUAGAUUAUGUUCUCCAAUUCUUGGCAAACGAUCAGUAGAAACAUCAGAUAAAUCACGGAUCAAGUCUAAUCAUAGAAAAAGCUUAAACCUCAAACCAUCAAAAAGACUAUUUAGUGAUACAUUUGAUUCAAAUUUCCCUCAACCUAAAAGAAGUAAAGAAUUUAAUACCUUCAACAAAACUGAGAAUGAUUCAAAUGCAAGUGAUGAUGAUCCAUUUAAAGUACAUGACAUUUCUGAGCACACUCUGCAAGCUUUAUGUGAAGCAACUGAUCACAUUGUGGAUCAUUUAGUAGUAGAUGAAACGAGUGUUCCUAAUUCGAACCAGAGAAAUUUUCAAUUAAGAAACAGACAUUCAUCACCACAUAAUAGCCAGAAAAAUGCAUCAAUGAAUGUUGCACACUUACCUAAUAAGAAUGACAAAAAUCUGAAAUUUGUUUCUGAUGAUAAAAAUGAAGCACUCAGCAAUUUAGUCAACAGCAGUUCAUUAAUCUAUCAAAAUUGCCUCACAAAACUUGAUACUUUUAAGAAAAUAUCAGUUAAUGACCUGUUAAUACCUGUUAAAAUUUUAGAAGAAGCAAAAACUCCUACCAACAGUAAUUCUAUAUGUAAUCAGAAUAAUUUGUUAAAUAUUGAUAUUAAAAGUCAGUCACUUUCAUCACAUAAUUUGAUGAAGUCUAGUACAAAAGGAAACGCCAAAGAACUGAACCUAUAUCCUGAUUUUAAAAAGACACCUGAAUCUGUGAUUUCAAACAAUGACCUCAUGAAUGUUGAUGAUUCAUUAAUUAUUACAGAUACUCAGUAUUGUGAACUAGUAGAUGCAGCAGAAAUGGUAUCUGAUUUUGACCAAACGUUUAUUCAAUUUUCUGAGGAGAGACGAAAUGAUCUCAAAAAUAACACAGUGGUCUUAGAACAGUAUAAGUCAGUUCAGGAAGAUGGUUGUGAAGAGUUACCAAAUAGUCUUUCCGAAACUCUUAGUAAAACACAAGAAGUCCUCAUUCCUUCAAGACAAAAAACUAACACAGUAACCAAAGGAACCAAAGAAGCUUUUAUCAAAGAGACCACAAAGCAAUUUCUGUAUAACGAUAUAGAUAAAGAAGAAUUAACCUUAGAGGGGUUUCAAACUGGAGUUAGCAAAUUUGUUAAAAUACCUCAAGACCAAUUAGAGAGCCAGUUAUUAGAUGGAGAUGAAACAAAUGUAACUCCAAAAUGUAGCAUUGCCCAAAAUGGAAGUGACAAUGGAAUCGAAGUAUCUGAAGAUUCAUUAAAACUAAAAAAACAAUAUUUUUGUGAUGAAGAAAUGUGUGAUGCUCCUCAGUUUGAAGGAUUUAAAACUGCAGCUGGUAAAGCUGUAAAAAUAUCAGAAGAAUCAUUAAAGAAAGCAAAACAGCUGUUAGAAUGUGAAGAGCAAAGUAAAGUUACAUUCAUAGGUUUUCAAACUGCGAGUGGCAAAACUGUUACAAUAUCAGAAGAGUCUUUAAAUAAAGCAAAACAGUUAUUUGAUGGAAAUGACAUAGACAUAGCUUCAAAAUCUGUUAGCUUUGAAACUGCAUGUUGCAAUGUUUACACAUCAGAAGAAUCAUUAAAACAAGAAAAACAUAUAGUCAAUAAUAAAGAAUUAUGUCAAGAUAAACUCGAACAGGUUCAAACUGCUAUUGGUGAAACUGUAAUUAUAUCAGAAGAGUCUUUAAAGAGAGCAGAACAGAUAAUUGAUGUGGAAGAUGCACACAUAGGUCCAAAAUUAGGUGGAUUUCAAACUGCAGGUGGCAAAAUUGUGAAAAUAUCUGAAGAAUCUUUAAAGAAAGCAAAAAAGCUAUUUGAUGAGGAAGAAACAUGUGUAACUUCAAAAUGUAGCAGCUUUCAAAAUGAAAGUGAUAGUAAAGUUAAAACAGAAGAUUCAAUCAUUAAAAAAUCAAAGCAAUGGUUUUACGAGAAGGAAGUAUGUGAUGCUCCUCAGUUUGAAGGAUUUAAAGCUGCAUCUGGUAAAACUGUAAAAAUAUCAGAAGAAUCAUUAAAGAAAGCAAAACAGUUAUUUGAUGGAAAUGAUAUAGACAUAGCUUCAAAAUCUGUUAGCUUUGAAAUUGCAUGUUGUAAUGUUUACACAUCAAAAGAAUCAAAACAAGACAAAAAUUUAGUUAAUGAUGAAGAAUUAUGUCAUGGUAAACUAGAACAGUUUCAAACUGCUGUUGGUGAAACUGUAAAAAUAUCAGAAGGGUCUUCAAAGAGAGAAAAACAGAUGAUUGACGUAGACAAUGCACAUAUAAAUCCAAAAUUUUGUGGAUUUCAAACUGCAGGUGGUAAAAUUGUGAACAUAUCAGAAGAAUCUUUAAAAAAAGCAAAAGAGUUAUUUGAUGAAAAAGAAACAUUUGUAACUCCAAAAUGUAGCAGCUUUCAAAAUGAAAGUGACAGUAAAGUUAAAAAAGAAGAUUCAUUAGAAAAAUCAACACAAUGGUUUUACGAGGAAAGACUAUGUGAUGCUCCUCAGUUUGAAGGAUUUCAAACUGCAGCUGGUAAAACUGUAAAAAUAUCAGAAGAAUCAUUAAAGAAAGCAAAACAGUUGUUAAAUUGUGAAGAGCAGUGUAAAUCUACAACUUUCUUAGGUUUUCAAACUGCGGGUGGAAAAACUGUUAAAAUAUCAGAAGAGUCUUUAAAUAAAGCAAAACAGAUAUUUGAUGGAAAAGAUAUAGACAUAGAUUCAAAAUCUGGUAGCUUUCUAACUGGAUGUUCCAAUGUUUUCACGUCUGAAGAAUCAUUAAAAAGAGAAAAAGAUUUAGUUAAUGAUGAAGAAUUGUGUCAAGGUAAACUCAAGCAGUCUAAACCUGCUAUUGGUGAAACUUUAAAAUUAUCAGAAGAGUCCGUCAAGAAAGCAAAAAAGUUGACUAAUUCUGAUCAGCAGUGUAAAUCUAAAAAAAUCAGAGGAUUCCAAACUGCAGGUGGUAAAACUGUAAAAAUAUCUGAAGAUUCUUUAAAGAAAGCAAAACGGUUAUUUGAUGAAAAUGAAGUAGAUGUAGAUCUAACAUUUGGUACCUUUGAAAUUCCAAGUAACAACACUGUUAGAACAUCACAAAAAAAAUGUAAUAAAUUGAACAGUUUAUUUAACUGUCAAGACCAUUGUGAAGUUUCUACAUUCAGAGGUUUUCAAUCUGUGUGUGACAAACCUGUUGAAAUAUCAGAAAAAGCUUCAAAGAAAGUGAAACUGUUACAUGGUGAAGAAGAAAUACAAUUAACUUCAAGUUUUGAUGGAUGUCAAGCUUUUGCUGGAAAAACUGUUGAAAUAUUAGAAGGGUCUUCAAAGAAUGCUAAACAGAUUUUAGAUGUGGAAGAUGUACACUUAGCUACAAACUUUGUUGGGUUUCAAACUGCAGGUGGCAAAUCUGUCGAAAUAUCAGAAAAGUCUUUAAAGAAAGCAAAACAGUUGAUUGAUUUAGAAAAUGCACACAUAGGUCCAAAAUUUGAUGGGUUUCAAACUGCAGCUGGUAAAGCUGUAAAAAUAUCAGAAGAAUCAUUAAAGAAAGCAAAACAGCUUUUAGAUUGUGAAGAGCAGUGUAAAGUUACAUUCAUAGGUUUUCAAACUGCUGGUGGUAAAACUGUUGAAAUAUCAGAAGAGUCUUUAAAGAAAGCAAAAAAAUUAUUUGAUGGUGAUGAAAUAGAUAUAGUUCCACAAUUUCAUGGUUUUCAAAAUGCAUGUGGUAAUACUGUACUAACAGCGAAAGAUUCAUUAAAAGCUAAGCAGAUGCUUAGCAAUGAAGAACUACAUGAUGACCCUGCAUUGAAAAACUAUCAGAAUGGAUUUACCAAAGAGGCUUUAAAUAUUUUGAAUCAAAAUAUGGAGCCCUGUUGUUCAAAAGAAUUUCACUUAAUGGAUAAUUCAUUUAUUGAAAUAGCUGAUAAGUCAGGUAAUAAUUUCAAACACAUUGAUAAUUCUGAAAUUCAUCCUAUUGCAACUACUGAAUUUGGUCCUGAAGUAAAGAAAAAUGAUAUUUUACAGAUGUACAGGAUAUCAGACAGUAAAGUAAUGAAAAAAUUUAGAGAAAAUGAUGAAAGUGUUAUAGAUAUUUUGAAUCCACCAAAAAAACCAAGGAAACUAUUUGAGGGGAUUGAAUUUCAUAAUAGACAUAAUGCACUGAACAAUCAUUCUCCAGUUACCAUAAGUUUCAAUUCUUCAAAUGAAUACUCAUCUGUUAUAUCUGAAGAAGAUUUAAACUUGCUCAACCAGUCUGUAAUAAGAACAAGCAAUCAUAAUUCAUCUUUAAGAAAAAUUGGAAAUAACAGUCAAAAUAUUGAUAUUCCAGAAAAGAAUUUUGUCUUGUCCCCUAAUGUUGCUCGCGAAGUGUCUGAGAGUAUGGCAGCAUUGAUGGCUGAUGAAGAAUCUUCUUCACCAUUUUCAAAAUCAUUGUUAAAACCCUGUCUGUCAUCACCAAGUAUGGUUUAUGACAGACAAAUCAAAUUACCUCCUAUUGAUUGUUUUGAGAAUGAUGUUUAUAUAAAUGAUAAACAAUUAAGCCCUGUGCUAGCAGUUUCAGUAAUUUUAAAAAAUGUUAAAUGUGGCAAGAAAGUUUUGCAGUCGCCUGAUCCAAAGUCAACUCCAUUGAUAAAAAAUGAUUCUUUAAAACUUCCUUAUGUUACUUCAACACCUAAUGAAACAACAAUAAGAGUUAAGAACAUUCAAUCAAACCAGAAAUGUUUGGAAACUGUAUUUGAAGAGAAUGAAAAUGAAUGGAAGUUUUGCAAUGAAGCAUUUGUUUUAGAAUUAGAAAUAGCAAGAAAACAAGCAGGUGAUAAUCAAGAAAACUUAAUCAAAGAAAAACUUAAAUUGUUCAAAUCAAUACGACCUUGUAAAGGUUCAUAUUUAUUGAGAAAACAAGUACAAAGAGGGAGAUCUCUAAGGAGCUUAGCAGAACUUAAGCACUUACAGUAUAAAGAGCUAAACCAGCUUAUACUACUUGGCAUCAAAAGAGCUGUAAUCGAUGUUUCAGCUAGCAAUGCUGUUGGCUUCAGAUUUUUUGCAAGAGAUUAUUACAGUGAGGACAUUUGCUCCUCCAAUGUAAAAGGAAUACCAGUGGGAGAUGGUGCUCUACUGAUUCUCGCUGCAGACGGUACAGCUGGUGUGAUGGAGGUCACCAGAGCCUUCCUAGCAAGUCCAAAUGUGGAUCCUUCACUCAUAUCCCAGGAAUGGGUGAGGAACCACUAUCGCUGGAUUGUGCUCAAGAUGGCCGCAACAGAGCGGAUGUUUCCUGAGAACCUCGCCAAUAAGUACUUGACUCCUGACAACUUGAUGUUCCAACUAAAGUAUCGGUACGACCGAGAAAUUGAUAUGUGUCAAAGAUCAGCCUUGAGGAAAAUACUUGAGAAAGAUGAGUCUUCUUCUAAACCAAUGGUCCUUUUUGUAGCAGAUAUUUUAAAUGUGUUAGAUAUAGAGGGAAGUGGAGAGAAGGAGGGAAGAGAGCUGGUGCUUAGUGAUGGUUGGUACAGUGUGACAGCCUCGAUUGAUCGAGAGAUGUCUCUGAUGGUGCGGAGGUCUGUGGUGAGAGUUGGAACCAAGCUCCUGGUGGUUGGAGCUGAUUUAAUCAACAAUGAAGAUGGUUGUCAUCCUCUUGAGACACCCGCCAAUGUCAGAUUGCGAAUAUCAACCAACAGUACACGGAGGGCAAGAUGGUAUACCCGCCUAGGAUUCUGCCAACAUGUACCUCCACCAGCUCGACUGGAGGAAGUGCUAGGACGUGGAGGCACAGUCCCUGCCCUCUCAUCCACUGUCUUCCGCACCUACCCCUUGCUGUUCUUGGAGAAGCUGCCAGAUGGCAAGACUGUGAUAAGAGGAGAGCGAGCAGAACAGACGGCAGCUGAUGCGUACCAGCUCAGACGACAGCAGUGUGCGGAGACUAUCCUCAGUCAGUUGCAGACUGAAACAGACACUGGAGUCUCCAGGAGUCGUAGGAAGCAGCAAUCGGUCACUAGGGCAUCUCUAAAACAGGUCACAAACACCAAAGAGCUGUUGUCGCUUUUAGAGGGUGUAGAGGACAUCAGUGUAUUCCAGGAGGUACUGACCAAGGAUCAGUUGAGUGUGAUACAAGAGCAUAGGCAAGAGGAGGCGAGCCGGCUGCAGCUACAAUUACAGGAUAAACUGAUCAAGAGACUAGACGAGAAGAUAGCUCCCAGAGUAGUCACACGGAUGCUGAAGGUUCGUUUGGCAGAUGAAGAGAAACAGUUGAAUCGUUCAGCAAUUUUGACUGUAUGGAACCCUUCUGAUGAUGUUUUGAGCCUCCUGACCGAGGGCAACAUACUGACUUUCCAUAGUCUGACAGCAUCCGGAUACUCAAGAUAUGGAGAUCUCCAGCUCACCAGUAGCCGGCAGACCAGGUACUCACUGCAUCGACACUCAGUGCUCCCACGUCAGGUAACACCCUUGUCAGCUCUUAAUGAUGCAGGAUACAUGCCCCAGUUCUCUGAGGUGGAUGUGGUAGGGUUGGUACUCCCGAGGAGUGAUGUUGCUGAAGACUCAAGGCUUAUAUACAUUUCUGAUGCCAAUUAUAACUUUCUGGGCAUCUCGUUCUGCAUGGACAUUAAAGACACAGGGUUUGCCAAUACACUGACUCCAGGAUCAGUAAUCUGCGCAAGUAACCUCCAUUGGAGUUGUAACCUGGUGUCCUGGAGCUUGCCAACAGUGUUUGCCACAGAGAUGUCCUCAUUCAGCCAAAAUCCCCGGCAAAAACACCUACAUGAGGCUCUUCAACAACUCAAAGAAAGACUGAGCUCUCUGGAUUCAGACACAUACAGAAAUGAAUGUGUGAAAAGGUUAAAGUCUCUUAUUGCACGACGAAACUCUGGAGGAUCUGCACAGACUUCAGCCACUACACCCACUGUAUCAUCAGUUCCAAUCACCUCCUGUAGCAGCAACGAGAAAUCAACAACAGUUGUAGCUAACUCCAAGUUGCAUUCAGCCAGUGUAGUAGAGAGCUGUGACACUCCAACCGGCAGAAAACUUGCCUGGCUGGAGCAGUUUGGUGAGCCCCCGCCCCUCUCACCCCUUGCCUUGUCAACUCCCACUCGGCUAAAACGAAGUUUCCGUCCUCCAAAAAAGAAUGUUAAUGAGAGCAGCUGAAAUGAUAGUUUUGGUCAUCUUCAGAUUCUAUAGUAAUUAGCACACUAUAUUCGUCAAGUCAGUGGGCAAUUAUUGUCACAUGUUUAGCAUUCCGACUGUUGUAAGUUGUUAGUAGCAUUUUUGUCGUUACAAUAUAUAUGUAAUUGCUUUCAACUAGAAAAUUUAUAAUAUCUUUCACUGUAGGGUGUGGUCGUAAUGGUACAACAUUAUUUUAAACACAAGAAGUUGUAGUUGCCAUUAUAUGUUCUUGUAUUUUUGUAAUAAGUUAGAGAUUUUUAGAUUGCAUUAUUAAAUGGUAAAACAAAAAUCAGUUUUAUAUUAAAUAUGUAGGAAUAUAAAUUAUGUAAUUGUUAUUUAGUUUCUGACAAUCUUCCAUUGUAAUUAAGUAGUUUGUUUACCAUGCAUAGUUUAUUGUGACAUGUAAAUAGUGUAGAAAUGCAUUGACUGUAAUGUAUAUUGUAUGCCAUAUUGGCAAAAUGAAAUAGCAUAGUUUCUGUUAUCUCUCUUUGGAUGAAUAUUAAAUUACAAAGCUUUUAAAGGCGGUAGUUUCCUCAAUAUAGUGUAUAAUCAUUGGUGAGACUAAGAAUAUAAUUACCUGUAAGAAAAUAAGUAAUAAAAUAUUAUUCAGUGAA